CUCUCUCUCGCUCUCUCUGCGCUUUCUUUUAUCUUCUUCCUCUUCUCCACUGAUCACUGCAAAUACUCUCCUCCGCAACCACCACACGCACAGGCGGCGCACGCUCGGCGCAUUCCUCCCUCGUCCGCAGCGACACACUGCGCGUGCCAUGACAAAAAGGCCGUGAUGGAAUGGGAGAAGCAGGAACAGCACCACCAUCUCCAUCACCAGCACCAGCACCAGCACCAGCAGCACCACCAACAGCCGCAGCAAUCGAAGGAGGCUCAGCAGCAACAGCAACAGCAACAGCAACAGGGCGAGGGCAUCGCCAACGGGACGGCGGGCGGGAACGGCGUGUUGUACGUGAAGGUGAUGACGGACGAGCAGCUGGAGACUCUCCGGAAGCAGAUCGCCGUCUACGCCGCCAUCUGCGAGCAGCUCGUCGAGAUGCACAAGAACCUCACCGCUCAGCAGGAUCUCGCAGGAGUUAGGCUGGGAAAUCUGUAUUGUGACCCCCUGAUGACAACUGCUGGUCACAAAAUAACUGCCAGGCAGCGAUGGACUCCAACAGCUAUACAACUUCAGAUUCUUGAGCGGAUCUUCAAUGAAGGAACUGGUACUCCAAGCAAACAGAAAAUCAAAGAGAUUACUACUGAACUGAGCCAGCAUGGACAAAUUUCAGAAACAAAUGUCUAUAACUGGUUCCAGAACCGGCGUGCACGAUCAAAAAGGAAACUACAGAAUGCAGCUGGAAACAAUGCUGAAUCUGAAGCUGAAGCAGAAGUUGAGUCACCAAAGGAGAUGAAGACAAAACCAGAGAUCUUUCAAUCUCAGCAGAAUUCAGUAUCAAGGAAUGAAGAUCUGUGCUUCCAAAGCCCUGAGAUUAGCUCAGAUCUUCAUUUUGCUGAUCCACAGACCAAAGUGGAGAGCAUUUUUUCUCCGGAUGGCAGUUUAAGAUCCAGAAAUAGGAACCUAGGCCAGCUAUCUUUCUAUGAUGCCAUGUUGUCCAAUCCAGUUGGUCUUGCAGGAAAUGAGCAUCUGGGUGGGAAGAUGGAAGUACCAGGAGCCUACGGUCUGUAUCAUCCUGCGGAAGACUUUGGCAUGAGUGGAUGAUGCUGAUUGGUGCCGUGGAUCUCUCUCUCCUACAUAUAGCAUAACUUGCCUGCCAUGCUAAUGCUGAUGUUUUAGCUUUUGUGGCUCGCGGCAUCAUAGCUAGGUUGGAGCCUAAUUCUCUGCAUAGUUGGAUGUUCGGUUUGCUUUUGUGAAGGAACUGAUUUUACUGAAGAUCAUACGCUAGUUGGAUUAGUUUGUUUGGAUUUGAUGGACUAGUGUCGCGCAGAUUCAUUUAUGGGAAUGGGAUGAGGGGGCUGUAUAUUCUACCCGAAUCGCUCUGGCUCUUGCAAUUCGGGACGCGGGCAUUUAGAUAGACCCUUGAGCUAGGCCCCCUUUUUCUUCUUUCCUAGGUCUACCUACUUUUGAAGAAGAACCUGUGAAGCUUGUGUUUCGUCUGGUUAUUAUACAUAUGCAUGAUGUCUUGCACCUAUUCAGUUAAUUGUCUUGAGCGUGCAGAAUUCAUUACCUUGGUGAUCGACUUUGAUGGUUUCGUGGCGAGGAAGCAGUUCUCUC